AUUAAAAAGUAGCCCUUUAUUUUGAAAUGUCAAACCGGAUGUUUUGUCGCGGGAUUAGUGAGCGACGGCUAGCAUGCUAAUGCUAAUGCUGAGCUGCAGUCGGCUAACAUGUGUGUGAUAUAAGGAGCUAUAAACUACGCAGAGGUUUUAAUGUUUAAACUUUCAGCUGUUUGAAGAUGUUUUCAUCGCUCUGGAAUUUUAUCAAACGACACAAGAAGAAAGUGAUUUUCACCGGAGCUGUGGUCGGAGGAGUUUACUUCCUGGGCAAAUAUGCUCAGAAGAAGAUCCAGGAGGUGCAGGAGCGGGAGGCGAGCGAGUACAUCGCUCAGGCCAGGAGGCAGUUCCACUUUGAGAGCAACCAGAGAACGUGCAACAUGACCGUGCUGUCCAUGCUUCCUGCGCUCAGAGACGCCAUCAUCAACCAGCUCCACUCGGAGAGUCUGACCGCUCUGCUGAAGACAAAACCGGCCAACAAGCUGGAGAUCUGGGAGGACCUGAAGAUCAUCAGUAAGUUUCCUAACCUGGACAGACGUGUCCUUGUUUGUCCCCAGACUCUGCUGACCCCUCCAGGCGUCCAGCAGCAGUACCUGUCCAGCAUCCAGUAUCUUCUAGGAGACGGUCUGACGGAGCUGAUCAGGAGGGUGAAGGCGGCCGUCCAGAACUCCCUGGGGGGGGUGCCUCUGAAGCAGAGUCUGUCCCUGCUGGAGCUGGAGCAGCAGCUGAGCUGGAUCCGAGCAGAGGUGGAGGUGGACUCGGGCCGUCCGCUGUCCUCCUACAUGCUGGCGGACGCUGAGGACGCUCUGGCUGACCAGGCGUGCGGCCUGACGGAAGAAGACGUGGUGACCAUCAGACUGUUGAAUGAGACCAGAGACAUGUUGGACAGUCCAGAUUUCAGCAAAGUUCUGAGCACGUGUCUGAACCGGGCGUUCUCCCGCCUCCUGGACAACCUGGCUGAGUUCUUCCGCCUGCCUGCGGCGGACCGCCCCGCCUCCUCUGGGCCGGACAGCCUGUCCGCCGUCAGUCUGCCGCUGGCUAAGAUCAUCCCCAUCAUCAACGGCCAGAUAAACACCGUCUGCAGUGAGACUCCCAGCCUCCUGGUUCAGGAACUUCUGCUGAACGACCAGGUGAAGGAGUUUGCAGCCAACGUGUACGAGACGUUCAGCACGCCGCUGGAGCUGCAGAAAUGAUCUCUGAGGAGGAGGAGGAGGAGGAGGAGGCGGCGGAGGAGGAGGAGGAGGA